AUGGCUUGCCAACUUGGAGAAGAUACUUCAAAGAUACUUGGAGACAAAUCUGGUCUUGAACUACGAGAAGUGUCACUUCAUGGUCGACCACGGUCUAAUCCUAGGCCACAUUGUUUCAGAAAAAGGGAUAGAGGUGCAGUAUUGGGGCAGCACAUAGGUAACUCUCCUCAUGUCAUUCAUUAUGCUUCACGCACCUUAGAUGCAGCACAUUGUAAUUACUCCACAACAGAAAAAAAGUUGAUGGCCAUAGUGUUUGCAUUGGAGAAGUUUCAGUCCUAUCUACUUGGGACAAAAGUGAUUGUCUAUUCAGAUCAUGCUGAAUUGAGGUAUUUGGUCAAGAAGAAAGAAGCAAAACUAAGGCUGGUACGAUGGAUACUACUGUUACAGGAAUUUGAUCUGGAAAUCCGUGACAAAAAGGGGAAAGAGAACCUUGUAGCUGAUCACCUCAGCCGAAUACCUUCAGAAAUGGAGACCUUUCCCAUCAAUGAAACCUUCCCUGAUGAGCACCUGUUUGUUGUCCAAGAAGAAGAACCAUGGUAUGCUGAUAUAGUAAAUUAUCUAGCUACGGGUGAUUUACCUACGGAUUUGCCCAAAUACAUGAGAGACAAGAUCAAGAAAGAUGCAAGAUAUUAUGUAUGGGAUGAACUUUACCUAUGGAAGCCUUGUGCAGACCAAGUGAUACGCAGAUGCAUCCUUGAUCAAGAGAUUUCUUCUGUCCUAGCCUUCUGCCACUCAUACGGCUGUGGAGGACAUUUUGGUCCACGCAAAACAGCCCUAAAGAUCAUUGAAUUAGACUAUGUGUCCAAGUGGAUUGAGGCCAAAGCAACAAGGGUUGAUGAUGCAAAAGUGGUUGUAGACUUUAUGAAAUCCCACAUCUUCUCCAGAUUCGGUUUGCCUAAGGCCAUAAUUAGUGAUCGAGGCACUCAUUUCUGCAACAAGGUAGUGGAAACUCUCCUUAAAAAGCACCAUGUUGUCCAUAGAACCUCUACUGCCUAUCACCCUCAAACAAAUGGGCUGGCUGAAGUCUCAAAUAGAGAAAUCAAGUCCGUCCUUGAGAAGACAGUCUGCCCAAAUCACAAGGACUGGAGUGUGCACCUCAAUGAUGCAUUGUGGGCAUAUAAAGCAGCCUACAAAACACCAAUUGGAAUGUCCCCCUAUAGGCUGAUCUAUGGGAAAGCUUACCAUCUACCUGUAGAACUUGAACACAAAGCCUAUUGGGCUGUUAAAAGAUGUAAUCUCGAUGAGAAAGAAGCUGGAGCCCAUAGAAAAUUACAACUUCAAGAGUUAGAGGAAAUUCGGCGUGAUGCGUAUGAAGCUUCAUAG